AUGUUCGAAACACCCGACUUGAUGACGUGGCAAGCGUCCCAAAGGCGGGAGGUCUCGUCCAUGUACUCGUCGAGCCAUUUUUCUCCGACUCGUAGCUUUAACGAUGAGCUUGGAGUGGAAGGAGCGAAGGGUCGAGAGGGCGUGGGAAAGAAAAUCGAGCGACAUGAAGUUCUGAGAGAGAAAGAGACGGCCGAGAUUGUCAAGCUCUCUGCCGAGGAAGUUAAGGAAGCCGAUGACCGUGAAAGAGCGAUGAGUUCCGAGAUGAGAACACGCAGGUACCGAUCUCGAUCUGAAGGGAGUUUGACCCGAAUGAACAACUAG